AUGGCUGCGACCAACUCCAUUGGCAACACCGAAAUCAAUUGGGACAAGCUUGAUAAGACUAAAUUUUAUGUGGUUGGAGCUGGCUUGUUUACAGGGGUCACAGUGGCACUGUACCCGGUUUCUGUUGUGAAAACCAGGCUUCAAGUUGCUUCCAAAGAUGCUCUAGAGAGGGAUACAUUUUCUGUGGUUAGAGGCAUUUUGAAAGCAGAUGGUAUUCCUGGUUUGUACAGAGGUUUUGGCACAGUAAUCACUGGUGCAAUUCCUGCUAGGAUUAUAUUUCUCACUGCUUUGGAGACCACCAAGGUGGCUGCUUUCAAGAUGGUUGAGCCCUUCAAGUUAUCUGAGCCUACAGAGGCAGCUUUGGCUAAUGGACUAGCUGGGAUGACCGCCUCACUUUUCUCUCAGGCUGUGUUUGUCCCUAUUGAUGUGAUUAGUCAAAGAUUGAUGGUGCAAGGGUAUUCGGGCCAUGCAAAGUACAGCGGGGGGGAUGGAUGUUGCACCGCUGUAUGGUGGGCUAGUUAUGGUUCAAGCCAGCGCUUAAUCUGGAGUUUCUUAGGCCAUGGAAGUGGUUCUGAUGAAGCUGUUCCUGGCGUGGGGAAAAUAGUGUUGGUUCAAGCUGCUGGAGGAAUUGUUGCAGGUGCAACAGCAUCCUGCAUAACAACCCCAUUGGAUACCAUAAAGACUCGGUUACAGGUGAUGGGACACGAAAAGAGACCCACUGCAAGAGAAGUUGUUAAGGGCUUGAUAAGAGAUGAUGGCUGGAAAGGUUUCUACAGAGGGCUAGGUCCAAGAUUUUUCAGCAUGUCAGCCUGGGGCACGUCAAUGAUAUUGGCUUAUGAAUAUCUGAAGCGCUUGUGUGCAAAAGAUGAAUAG